AUGGCGUCACUGUCUCCACGGGGGUAUGCCAUUCUCGAAAGUGACCACAGUCAGGAGAGUGGCCACACCGGGGUCACCAUGGUUACUCCAGGAGUGACUCCCGAUAAACCCCGGAACCUGGACCGGGAGAUCGAGAUCAAGUACGAGCGUAUCAGGAACCCAUGCGUAUUGAGCUGGAGCGACCUGAGCUACACUGUCAAGGGCAAGAAAACUCCGGAGUUACCAUGGGGCACAAAGACUAUCCUGGACCGUGUUAGCGGCCGCUGCGCUCCCGGCGAGCUCACGGCCAUCAUGGGCCCGUCCGGUUCGGGCAAAACUACGCUUGUAGACAUGUUGGCCGACCGCAUCAGCUCCGGCGAAGUGUCCGGCGCGAUCGAAGUCAACGGCGUAGAGCGAGACUCUAAGACGUUCCGGGCCGUGACCAGCUACGUGGCCCAAGAGGACUCGUUGCUGGGCUCAUUUACAGUAACCGAGACCAUGCGGAUGGCGGCCAAACUCAGUCUACCUAACACCGUCACGUCUCAUGAGAUUGAGAUCCGAGUGGAGAAUGUCAUGGACGCCAUGGGGCUGGGCACGGCCAGUGAUACCCUGGUCGGCGACAUCUUUCGCAAGGGCUUAUCGGGUGGCCAGAAGCGUCGCCUGAGUAUCGCCAUUGAGCUACUAUCCAACCCGAGUAUUCUCAUCCUGGACGAGCCGACCAGCGGUCUGGAUUCCAGUGCCGCUCACAAUGUCAUGAAGUUCAUCGUCAAGCUUUGCGGAGAAGGGAAGACUGUGGUCUGUACGAUUCACCAACCGUCGUCGCUGGUGUACGAGAUGUUCUCCAACGUGAUCGUCCUGUCGGCCGGCCAGACGGUGUACUGUGGCCCGCGGGCCAAGAUGAUCCCACACUUCGCCGCCGCAGGCCACAGCUGUCCCACCUACAUGAACCCGGCCGAGUACUUUAUCAGUCUGGUCAACACAGAUUUCGAGGACCAUGUCGAAGUACUUACGCUUACUCAAAGAAGGAUCAUUCGAGACAGAAGUACACUCAAACACCUACCGGACAUUAGAAAACGGCCGCCGUCGGCUCUGCGCCAGUUCAGCGUUCUCAUGUACCGCAACACGCUCAACAACAUCCGCAACCCCGGAAUCUACUGGAUUCGGUUGUUCAUGUACUUCUGCUUGAGCUUCAUGGCGUUCCUGGUGUUCAUGUCUGUGGCCGUCCUACCGUUCUUCAUCGAGCAACGUGCAGUAUUCGCUCGUGAACGUGCCAACAGUUCGUUGAGUGUGGUGAGCUACGUGUGCGCCAACUUCUUGGCUACACUUCCGGGCAUCUUCCUGAUUGCAGCGAUGUCGACGGCUUUGGUGGUUCUUCUGGCCGAUCUGAACGCCAUCGAGUAUUUCUUGCUGAACCUGUUCCUGUCAUUGGUAGUGUCCGAGUCGAUGAUGCACGUGAUCGGAGCUGCCGUCCCGCACUAUAUUAUCGGUAUCGCGUUGGGUGCCGGCGUGUUCGGUAUGUUCAUGUUGUGUGAGGGUUUCAUGGUUCCUCGUGACUCGAUCCCGGACUACUGGAUCUGGGGCUACUACCUGGCGUUCCACUCGUACUCGUUCGAGUCGUUCGUGUUCAAGCAGUUCGAGAACGAGACGUCAGACGCGGCCAAGGCUAUCUUGGUGAAAUACGGCAUGGAGGACGUGGACGUCUCCCGAGAUAUGAUGCUUUUGAUCGUGUAUAUCGUGGGCUUCCAGGCCAUUUUCGCGGCCAUCCUGUGGAUAUUCCACACAGGUCGUCGCUGA